AUGCAUAAGUGGAGUUUUUGGAAUAAAAGUGCUGUGACAGAAUUUAUACUUGUGGGAAUUCCAACAAAUCAGAAUUUUCAGAGCUUCCUCUUUUUUAUCUUUAUCACUGCCUAUCUGUUAACAGUAACAGGGAAUAUUGUUAUAAUUACCCUAAUUCGAGCCGACAGUCACCUCCAUCGUCCUAUGUACUUUUUUCUCAGCAACUUUGCUUUCAUGCAGAUUUGCUACAUAACAGUGACGGUUCCUACACUGCUUUCAGGUUUUCUAACCAGCACAAACAAAAUAUCAAUUGGAGCCUGCUUUACUCAGUGUUAUUUUUUCUUUCUGCUUGGAGGAAUAGAGAACUUUCUUUUGGCCAUCAUGGCAUAUGAUCGAUAUGUGGCUAUAUGCCACCCCUUACGGUAUAAUGCCAUUGUGACCUCAAAGGUAUGUUGGAGGCUAGCAUGUGGCUGUUGGUUUGGUAUCUUCCUUGGUUCUUUACUACCGGUAAUCUUUUUGGCAAGAUUAUCUUUUUGUGGACCAAAUGUCAUUAACCAUUACUUUUGUGAUAUUUCACCAUUAUUAAAGCUUUCAUGUUCUGAUACAUCCUUACUUAAAUCCUAUUUUUUCAGCUUAAUGUGGGUCAUUGUUUUUAGCUGCCUUCUGUUCACUCUUUUGUCAUAUAUUAGCAUUAUCACUGCCAUUUUCAAGAUCCCAUCCACAGCGGGACGUCAGAAAGUAUUCUCUACCUGUGGUUCCCACCUGACUGUGGUUAUAAUAUAUUUUGGGGCUGUUAUAUUUAUGUAUGUUAGGCCAAGAGAAGGUUAUUCAUUUGAAGAGGACAAGUUGAUCUCUGUGUUCUACUCCAUUUUGACUCCUCUUUUAAAUCCAUUUAUCUAUUGUCUAAGAAACAAGGAAAUUAAACAGGCUUUGAAGAAAUGCAUUCAAAGCAAAAAAAGUUUGUUGCCUCAUGUGCACAUGUAA